GGAAUCUGGAGGAUCUUCCUCAAUCCUCCUCCAGCCAGUGAAAGGGACAUCACAAUUAGCCUCACCUGUUGAUUUUGACAUUUUUGGAGGGAAAGUUUGGGACAGAGGCAAGGGGGAAAAGUGGGAAAAGUGUGACCCUGUGUUCUGUCAUCCGUCUGGAUCUUUGGCUGAGCUGACACUCCUGCCCUGCUGAAACUCUGCUGCCUGGGACAUCCAAAAGAAGGACCAGACCUUCAGACAUUAGAGCUAUAUCUCAUCUCAGUAGUGUAUUUUCAUUUUAGGAAUCUCCCUAAAUUGCCACCAUGGCACUAAUGAAGGUCAAGUUUGACCUGAAGAAGCGGGUGAAACUGGCCCAGUUCGUAUGGCUGAUGUACUGGUUCUCAGUGAUGGCAGGCGUGCUGGUCUUCAGCAUGGGGCUGUUCUUUAAGAUCGAGCUGCGUAAGCGCUCAGAGAUGAUGGACAACAAUGAGAGCCACUUCGUUCCUAACCUACUAAUCGGCGUGGGGCUACUGGCCUGUGGGAUCAAUGCCAUGGGAGGCAAGAUCUGCUAUGACUCCCUGGACCCCAGCAAGUUCUCCAGGUGGAAGCCUAUGCUCAAACCCUUCCUAGUCUCCUGUGUGGUUUUCAAUUGUCUCCUGGUGCUGACGGCUCUGCUCUGCUUCCUUAUGAGGAUCCCUCUCCAGUUCACGCUGGCCGAGGGCCUGAAGAACGCCCUGAAGUUCUACAAGGACACAGACACGCCGGGACGCUGCUACAUGAAGAGAACCCUGGACCAGAUGCAGAUGGAGUUCCGUUGCUGCGGCAACAACAACUUCAGGGACUGGUUCGAGAUCCAGUGGGUCAGCAAUCGCUACCUGGACUUCAGUGCCAAGGAAGUAAAAGAUCGUAUCGGCAGCAACGUGGAUGGGAAGUACCUGAUGGAUGCUGUUCCAUUCAGCUGCUGUAACCCCGGCUCCCCGCGGCCCUGCAUCCAGUACCAGGUGACCAACAACACGGCCCACUACUCCUACGACCACCACACCGAAGACCUGAACAUCUGGAAACGGGGCUGCCGCGACGCUCUGAUUUCCUACUACGGAGGCAUGAUGAACAGCAUAGGAGCCCUGGUGCUGCUGGUCACUAUUCUGGAGGUUAUUGUGAUGAUCGGCCUCCAGUACGUGAAUACCUCCCUGUCUAACCUGGCCAACCCAGAGGACCCAGAGUGUGAGAGCGAAGGCUGGAUCCUGGAGAAGACAGUGAAGGAGACGUUUACUGACAUCAUGGACAAGAUGAAAGCCAUGAGUAAAGGCAAUGCAGUGGACGAGGCCGGAGUGGAUGGUGUCGCCACGGGCAGCUGAACAAGACACGUUGACACAAACUGAGACCAUUCCCACCGAAGGGAAGAAAGGCAGAUUGAACAACUCCUUUGUAUUUAUUACACAAAAUACACACAUAAUACACACAUACAUGCCCGACACACACAAUACUGUCCAUCUGAAGGGAAAACUGAAAUGGACACAAAUGGACUCUUGAGUACAUGUCAGCACUUACGAUAUGUUGAAUGUACGAAUGCAUGAAUGUAUGUAUAAGUCACAUUAUAACCAAUUUCCAAUAUGCCCUCCCCCACUCCAAUACACACAGACUAACACACAAUACACACUUUUUCUAACACUCAUACCUUUUACACACACACACACACACACACACACA